UCGGGACCUUCGCCCGUCUCCUUCUACCUGAGUUGCGAACCCAAACAAAGAAACCACGCCGAAAAUGAUCCUCGAGAGUGAAAAGAAUCCGAAUAAAAUCGUUUCAUUGCGGGGGCGAUCCCAUACCUGCUGCUGCCUGCCAGGUGUCGAGUAUUGAACCUGCGGUGUAGGCAGCCCACCAUACAGCCGUCUUGCUUUGUGCCAUACCCCCACUUGGUCUGGAGCGCAACCAAACUUGUCAGAAUCCGGAGUUGCUACAUUACACAGUACCGUAAUACCACUGUAUUGUUUUUUUGUCGGAGUGUGCAAUCCGUGGGUUCUGAAAUGGUGUCUGGUGCAGCUUGGGCCCCCCGCGACGCCGCCCCAGCUUUAUAGUGUCUCAGGUGACGUCGGUGCGUGACUCGAGGACUAGCCCCCAAUGGAAAACAGCUCGCAUUCGUCCGCUAACCCCAUUUCGCAGGGGUGUGGCCCACAUUCGCAGAUAUCUAUACAUGUGAGCCCCACCACAGGGGGCGACUUCUACCUCACUGUGGAGCCGGACAUUAGCGUUGAUAAUUUCAAGAAACUCGUCUCGAAAAGACUCAAGGUGCCCAGGGACAGGAUAUGUCUGUUGUUUCGCGAUAAGCAAUUGCAGGACGGGAGUUUGUUACAACAUGGCAUCUCGGACGGUUCAAGAGUCACUUUACUGCCCAACGUCGAAACGGGGCUUAUCACUCAACGUCCCGAAAUAGGAAUAAUGCAAGCCUUAGAAUCUCUGAACGACACCCAAGUAAACGAAUUCUUGUGUGGAAAAGCUCCACUAAAUCUAAGCAUGCGCUUAGGUGACCAUAUGAUGCUAAUCCAGCUGCAGUUAAGCACCGUUUCAGGAACAAAACCACCGAUUGUCUCAGGACCACCACCAACCACCAGUCCACCAAGUCUCCUUCAAGCCUCCAGAAACCUCCAGCACACUUUACGAAGACUGUCUGCCGACGUCUUCUCGGGCCGCGAUAAAGGUCGGCGCGAGAGCGUGUACUCGGGAACGUUCAGCGGUGCUCUAAACCCAGCCUUACAGGACCCGAAAGGGCGUCCGCGUCGCGACGUCGCCACAAUAGUCCACAUCCUCAAUGAUCUCCUAUGCUCUGUUCCUGAGUUCCGACGGGUGAGUCGGAAAGGAUCCGAAGAACCAGUACCUGUCCCCGAACAAGAAGACGAACCGUCAUCGUCUACAUGUAGUGAGGACCAAAACCUGCGCACUCGCGGCAAACUCGAACAGCUUCGUCUCGUCAUGGGGGAGAGACGCGAGCGCAGACGACAACGUAAACAGAAACCGUAUUCGUUGCCUCCUAGUGAUACCGACACCGUAACUGCAUAAAAAAUUACUUUUUUUUCCUUUUUUGUACAUAGUUUUAUUUUUUUCUCUCCUUUCUCUCCAAGAUUUGAUUGGAAGUUAUACGCUAAAGCUCUUGUAAGUUAUAAUGAAGGAAAUACGUGGCUGUGGCUGUGGGUGGAUCAGAGACGGCGGUUCUUGUUGUUUGUAAUUUAAAAGAGUUUUAAUGUAAGCAGCUCUGUAAUGUGCAUUUGUAAGGUCUUUCUUUAAGUUUAGUGAAUUACUAUUAGCAUAAUUGUUUCAAUUCUUCCUUUGUUGUAAUUACUUUUAGACACAAGCAAUUUAAACGUUAGAUGUUAAGACGCAUUCGUUUAAUCAAAGCGAUAUAGGCAGCAGCCUUUACUGAUCAUUCUGUUUUGUUCCAUUUUUGGUAUAGAAAAAAUAUUCAUUGGUUAUGUUUAAUAAAGUAUUUUCCAAAAUU